CGGAACAGACCUCGAUCGAGUCGUAUUCAGUUUGUAAUUGGAAGACGAAGGAAACAUGAGCCAGAGCCAGAGCCAGCUAAAUACAGCGCAGUUGGUCUUCGAGGAGAAGCCGCUGCAUGUGCCAACGCUGGAGGAACUGCAGCAGGUUAUACAGGGUGCCCUGCGUAAAAACUUUGCAACAGCCAGCGUGCAGGUGGGCGACUGCCCAGAUCUGAAGGCGCCGCAAUACGGCCUGGUGGAGUCGGGACUGGGCGGCAGGGCGACGCUGCUGGAGGUGGGCGGACCGCCGUAUCUGCUGCCGCUGGUGCAGCGCGACAAGCUGUAUAACAUCAAGGAGAUCGCGCGCAGAAUACAGGGUGCCGGCAAGAUUUUCGCAGUAGGCGCCGGCGCCGGACCCUAUCCUAUACGCAGCUCCAACUGCGAGGGCAUCUACAAUCUGUCGGUGAGCGCAUCGGACGAGCUGACCAACGGCAGCUACACGGCAACGGUGCGCGGCGAGCAGGAGGAGUGCGUCCUGGAGCGGAUACCCAGCACGGAGGCGCGCUGUGCCCUGCUCUUGAAUCUGUAUCUGAGCCGCGGCGAGGCGGGACCCGUGCUCAAGAUCAGCGCCAAGCAGCGCAAGGGCGAGCUGAACUUUAUUGAGUGCAUACGCAAGGGCCUGGAGGAGCACUACGGGGAUCGGGUGGUGGGCCUGGGCGGCAUAUUCGUGAUCAAAAAGGGCGCCGCCCAUCAGCACGUGAUGCGUGACUUCAGCAAGACGCCCAUCCACACUGACGCCGAGGUCAACGAAUGGCUCAAGUUCUACAACAUGCCCGCCCAGCUGAACGCCCUUGGCACUCUGGUUACCAAGGAGCACGAUCUCGAUUUGCGGCUGCAGCACUUUCACUCCUUCUCCUUCAGCAACUGGGGCGGACACUAUCACUACGAUACCACGCCCGACACCGUCGAGUACGAGGCCUAUCUCAAUGUGGCCGAGCGCGUGGUCCGUGUGGACAAGCCCCUAGCCACGCACAAGGUGGGCAGGGAUUAGCCCAAGCGUUAAGGGUAUGCCGCCAACUAUUAAUAUUCCUUAGCAUAAGCAAUAGAAAUCCAUUAAAUAAAUGAAUAAACAAAUAAAUAUUGUUCAAACA